AUGACAUAUAAAGAGAGCCCUUCUCUUCUCUCACUAAACCAUAGAAGUUUAGUCAAGGAAUAUUUAUUUCAAAAACUCAAUGAAACUUGGGACUUGCUGUUGCAGACGAAACCAAAAAUAUGGCAAUGCAAACUCUGCCAGCAGACUCCAGCUUCCUUGUUACGUUCCCCAAUAUUUUUCUUCCCCCACUAUAGAGCCAUCCCCAAGAACUACCAGCAGUUCCUGGCCUUGAUGUUUGCAGUGAAAGAAGUCAACAAGGAUCUGGUUCUCCUCCCCAACAUCACCCUUGGCUUCCACAUCUACGAAAAUCACCAGACGGAGAGCAAUAAUACUUUAUUCAGCCUCUCCCUGCUCUCCACACGAGGCCGAAUGGUUCCAGGUUAUAAAUGUGACAGGCGGGACAUUCUGCUCUCUGUCAUUGGAAGUCUCAACCCCAAAUUCUCAAGGCAGAUGGCCCCCAUCUUCAGCCUCUUCAAGGUCCUGCAGCUCGGCAUUGGUUUUGAGUUCUCUCAGGGAGACAGAAGAGUUUAUCCUUCCUUCUUCCGGAUUAAUCCCAAGGAAUUUCCUCAGUACGUCGGUAUAGCCCAGCUGCUCCUGUAUUUCCAGUGGAACUGGGUUGGGCUGAUUGCCUCUGAAGAUGAAAAUGGAGAACAUUUCAUCUCAUCUCUGGUGCCAAUGCUGAAGGAGAAGGAGAUCUGCCUGGCCUUCACUGAAACGAUGAAACCUGAUUUUUAUACUACUUCCGGUUCAAAAUUACACCAUAUUUUCAACACUUGGUCUAAAGGCGAAGUGAUUAUUCUGUUUGGAGACUCCAGUACUAUUGCAAAUGUGCAAGCCGUUGUGUACCUUUAUGAACAAUUGAGAAAUGCGUCAUUUCUGAAAGUUUGGAUCUUUACUUCCAAUUGGAAACUUAUUAUGCUGAACGCUCAAUAUACAUUGAAAGUUAUAAAGCCCUUCCAUGGGGCUUUCCAUUUUAGGCACCAGACCGGGGAUAUCUCAGAAUUCAACCAUUUUCUCCUGUCUUUAGACCCUUUGAACCCAGGAGGGGACGUCUUUCUCCCACGGUGGUGGAAAACUGUCUUUGACUGCAACAUCCACGAACCAGGCAAGACCCCUCCAAAGAGGAGAAAACCAUGUACAGGAAAAGAGGAUUUAUUGAAUCUGCCAUCCUACUUCUUUGAAAGAAGCAUGACAGGUGAAAGCUACAACAUCUACAAUGCCAUUUAUGCUGUGGUACACGCACUACAUGCCAUGCAUGGAUCCAGAGGGCGACCAGGCAUGCUGAGACUUGGAGAGAGGAUCUCAAAUGUCCAGUCGUGGCAGCUCCAGUGUGACAACGCUGAAGUGUCCAAGAUGGCUUCGAGGUGCCAGGCAGGAGAGAAGAGAAGCGUUCCAGAGGGCGAGCAAGUUUGCUGCUACCAAUGUGCCCCUUGUCCAGAAGGAACCACUUCUAAUAAGACAGAUGCAGCUCACUGUGACCCCUGCCCAGAAGACCAAUAUCCCAACAAAGACAAGGACCACUGCAUUGCCAAGAAGAUCCAUUUCCUCUCCUAUCAAGACCCCCUGGGAUACACUUUAGCUUUGCUCUCACUUUUUCUUUCUAUGAUCACCUUGGGAGUUCUAGCAAUUUUCCUUAAACAUCGUGACACACCGAUUGUCAAGGCCAACAACCGAGAUCUCUCCUACAUCCUCCUGGUCUCCCUCCUGCUCUGCUUCCUCUGCUCCUUCCUCUUCAUUGGUCAACCUGGGAAGCUCCUCUGCCUCUUCCGACAAUCUGCCUUUGCCAUUCUCUUUUCCCUCGCAGUUUCCUCUGUCUUGGCAAAAACUGUCAUGGUGGUUCUGGCCUUCAUGGCCACCAAGCCUGGGAACAAGACAAGGAAACUCUUAGGAAAACCUCUGACCAACUCCAUUGUCUUCACCUGUCCCCUGGUCCAAGCACUUCUUUGUGCCACCUGGCUGGUAACCUCUCCCCCAUUUCCCAACUUCGAUUUCCACUCCUUGGUAGGAGAGGCCAUCUUGGAAUGCAAUGAAGGCUCAGUUUCAAUGUUUUACAGUGUCCUUGCCUACCUUGGCUUUUUGGCCCUAGUCAGUUUCACUGUGGCCUUUUUAGCUAGGAAAUUGCCUGACAGCUUUAACGAAGCCAAAUUCAUUACUUUUAGCAUGCUGGUCUUUUGCAGUGUGUGGAUCUCAUUCCUCCCCACCUACCUGAGCACCAGAGGGAAGUCCAUGGUGGCCGUGGAGAUCUUCUCCAUCUUGGCCUCUGGGGCUGGGCUCUUGGCUUGCAUCUUUUUCCCCAAAUGCUUCAUUAUCCUCCUGAGGCCUCAUCUUAACUGUAGAGAGAAUAUAAUGAAGCACAAGGAUCUCUGA